AUGUCGAACCACUCUAUCAUCCGCAUCACCAAGGAGUUGGCUGAUAUCCAGAAGUCUUCAGAUCUCUCGAUCGCUGUCGCCUGCCGUGACGUCGACGUUCGCAAUGUCAAGGCAAUCAUAAUCGGCCCUCCGGAUACGCCGUAUGAGUUCGGGUUCUUCGAGUUUGCAGUCAAGUUUGGCAAAGAGUACCCCGGAAAAGCGCCCUCAGUCCAGGCGACGACUACGAAUGGUGGCAGAUGUCGUUUCAACCCAAACAUCUAUGCCCAAGGGAAGGUUUGCUUGUCUAUUCUGGGCACCUGGAGAGGCGAGCGAGGCGAAGAAUGGUCAUCUGCGCAGGGUUUGGAGUCAAUCCUGAUCUCGAUACAGAGUCUGAUGUCGUCAAACCCCUACGAGAACGAGCCAGGCUUUGAAACAGCAAACGACGAAGGCGACAAGAAAAACCAGAGGGAUUAUGUAGCUAAGAUCCGUCACGAAUCACUGCGAAUCUCCGUCAUCCAGCGACUGGAGAGUUAUCUUGGCAUCUCCCCCUCUGGCACAGUCGCCCCGCUUCCCUCCAUUGCCGGCAGCGACAGUGAUGUAGAGGAUAAUGAAAUCGACCGGGAUUAUGAUGAGAUGUCCAUGACCUUCGAGCCGUUUGUAGAUGUUAGCAAACGGCGGUUUUUCUGGUAUUUCGACUCGUACCUUUUAGCUAUCAGCAAGGCCCAGGCAGAGGUCAAGGAUGGGCAAAACUUCAGCCGUAUGCCAUUCGAAUGUACUGGCAAUUGCAUGGAAGGGAAAUUUAACUACACCGAGUUGGAGAGACGGCUAUGGCUUAUCAAGAAAACCCUAGAUGCUGAGACUGCAAGAUGGGCGGAGGAGGGUCUGGUAAUCAAGAAGAGGGAAGGUACCGCUGCUGCCAAUCUACAAAGGCAGUAUGAGCAAGUGGUGGAAUCAUACAAGCGGGAUAAGAACGUCACCUUGGACAUCGAGCUCGCCGACAAAAACCCCUUCGUCUGGAACAUUACAUAUUUCGGACGACCAAUGACCAACUUGGAUGGCGGUUUAUUCCGGAUAAAGCUAUGCUUCAGUCCCCGAUUCCCUGAAGAGCAACCACGGGCCAAGUUUGAAACGUCUCUUUUCCAUCACCGUAUCGCUGCCGAUGGCACUCCUUGCUACACCACCAGACGCCCGGAGGAUGCCAAGUCGCACAUCGAAGCCAUCAUCGAGGCUCUAGAAGAGGAGCAUCCACCGUAUGAUCCGAGAACUCUCGUCAACCCCGAGGCUGCCAAGCUAUUCUGGGGCUCUGAGGAUGACAAGAAGUUGUACAACCGAAAGCUGCGCAGAGCUGUUCAACGAUCUAUGGAGUAA